AUGAGACGGCCGACAAUUGAUCGAACACCGCUUCUCUGGCGUACUCCUGCAAGAACGCUUUCUCACAGCAGCCUCGAUCCAAAUGAAGAUCCAGCUGCAGGAUUGGAACGAGUUUCUUCAUCAUCUAAUCUAUACGAUCGCCGAAAACGACAAGAACGUCUUAGGGAACAAGAAGGACGCCUUAGAAGGAAUAGACGGCGUUCUGUUAUUGGGCAUGAGCAUACUCUUUCAGAGAAAUAUGAGAGUCUCGAUUAUGAGAUUGUUGAGAAUGAGCUUUAUCGGGCAGCGGAAAUGGAUAAGGAUCAUCAGAAAAAAUUAUUCCGAAGAAGUGUUAAUAGAUGGGUUGUUUGCUUUCUUAUUGGUGUAUUUACUGCUUUGGUUGCGGCAUGUAUUGAUGUGCUUGUUUAUUACAAUUCAAAGCUCAAAUUUCAUAUUGUUAUUAAUGGAUUGGUACAAAUUUGUGAGCAUGGUAGGAUUGGAGAUUCUGGGUGUACUUGGAUAAUUCUUUUUACCUGGGCAUUAUAUAAUUGUGCAUUAGUUUCUAUUGCUGCAUCGUUGGUGCUUUUUGUUUCACCCGUUGCUAUAGGAUCUGGAAUUCCGCAAAUUAAAUGCUUUUUGAAUGGUGUGCAAAUUCCUGGAGUUGUUCGUUUGAAAACACUAAUAGCUAAAGUAAUUGGUGUAUCAUGUUCGGUUGGAGGCGGUUUGGCUGCUGGAAAGGAAGGUCCAAUGAUCCAUUCGGGAGCGGUGGUUGCUGCAGGAAUUUCCCAGGGACGUUGCAUUUCUAUUCCAUUUGAUUCUGGUCUUUUCAAAUAUUUUCGUAACGACCACGAGAAACGUGAUUUUGUUAGUGCUGGUGCUGCUGCCGGCGUUUCGGCAGCAUUUGCUUCGCCAAUAGGUGGUGUUCUUUUCAGUUUGGAAGAGGGUGCUAGUUUUUGGAAUCAGGCGUUGACUUGGCGUAUGGUGUUUACAGCAAUGAUUUCAACCUUUACAUUAAAUUGUUUUAUCAGCUUUUUCUAUGGACAAUUUGGUCAACUCUCAUGGAAUGGGUUGGCAAAUUUUGGCACAUUUGAUAAUCAAAGCAAAUCCUAUGGAAUUUGGGAAUUACCGCUUUUUGCACUUGUCGGCUUGAUUGGUGGGCUCUCUGGCGCUUUUUUCAAUUUUUUAAAUAUGAAGCUUUCUCGAUUUCGAAAAUAG